GAGGUGUUGAGGACAAAGGUACACAACAGACACAAAUACCUAUUUGCUAGACAGAUCUAAAUAUUGACGACGGUAUUCUUGUAUUCUUGUAUUUUAUUUGUAAAGCAAUAUUUAUAUUGGAUAGAAAGCGGUAGGCGGAAUUUCUACUGAAGGAUUACCGUCCAUCGUAUCUGCAAAACACAGUUCACUGAUUUCAAUUAUAAAAGACUAAUCAUCAUAUAUUAGGUGUCGUUUAAUGUUACAAUAUUUGGUAUGGAAGAAGAUUCAACAAGCAAGAAAAUAUCUCUAAAGUUUUCUGAACAUGAAGAAGAGCCAGAAUUUUCCCUUCUUGAAUUAGACAAGGAGUUGCAGAAUUUAUUAGAACAAAAUUCGGAUGAACAAAUUGUUUUGAAAGCAGGGUUGGACUCGAAAUCUUCAGUUCUAUGCACGAGUAAUAAUACAUAUUCUGUUCGUCAAUUAAUACAGUCAAACUCCUUGAUGCUAUUUCGGUCCUCUCAUUCCUCAGAAUGGACUUUGCAAGACACGAAAUAUAGUUACUUGGAAAUAGAACACAUCUAUGGAUCCAUUACAAUUGAAGACAAGAUUUCCUAUUGGGACGAAGAUGCUCUCGAGGAGAUUCCUUCGUCGAUAUCCUUCCAAGACUUUAUUUGUCAAGUACCAGCUAGUGAAAAUGAAAUUAAAGCCUUUUUGGGAUCAAAUUUCAUUAUAAUUAAAGAUAAUACUCUUUACAGACUUUCCCCCUCUUAUAUAAUGACACUUAUUGAUUGGGUAUUUGCAAUAAUGCACCAACUUCGUGCCGACUUUUCCGCUAUUAGUAUACAAGAGUUUAAAAAAACAGCUAUUGCAGAUCAAUUUGACACCGAUGCUGUAGUCGCGAUUUUGUGGAGUAUCUCAAGAACUCCUUUUUUGAGUCAGGUUGACACAGUCGUCAUUGACAAAAGUCUGGUUUGCUUUUGGAUAGGCCGGUUUAUACUAGAAGAUGUUAUUACUACGGAAGUUUCUCACUUUCUGUCAAAAUGGACAGAGAAACUUCCCGAGAGUUGUAAAGAUUUUGUAUCACUAGAUCUCCUCAAGGGAUUUUAUUUCUAUGCAGCGCCCGACACGAUACAGUAUUUUUCUUCCUUACAGUUACCUCGAGACCCUACUCGCUGUUUUCAAGUUUUAUUUCAAGCCAAAUCUAAAUGGUUAUAUGACGAAAUAUGGCCGUUUGUUGAGAAUUUAGCGGUAGACAAGAGCAAAGUAGAAGCUUUGCUUUUAAAAUAUGGAAGAAAACAGGUUACAAAAAACGGUGUAUAUAUAAAUAGUAGAAGUACUUGGUAGUUCUGAUUAGCAUUUCUUUGCUUCACCAAUACUUUUUGGCAUAAUAAAAAUAAAUGAAUUCAAAACAUUAUAACAUAAAAAAAAAGGUUUAAGCAAGAAUAAAUCAUC